AACCUUGAACCCUUGGAGUCACCAACCUAAAUCGCAACACCUAGAUAAUUCUUAACUACCUACCAAGGGCAAUCAGAAGAAAACAUUCGAGACUCGACCACACAAACUACUAUUGGCUUUAAUCCCGCACCAAUGUCUGCAAACGAAGGCCACGAAAGCGUGCGACGGCCGCGCUCCACGUCGCGAUCGCGUCCAACAACACCCCUCCGCCCCUCCUCCCGCUCCUCCUUCCGCGAAUCCGCCCAGCGCAGCGUCGAGGGCAGCGAACCCUUCCCGUUGAACGUUUUCGAGCCAGCGUUCGCCGAGCUUUCCGACGCGGUUGCCGAUCUAGAGGCCAACAUGAUGCACUUCCAACUUAUGCACGAAAGUCUCGCUCGGUUUAGUGAGGACUUCGCAAGCUUCCUGUACGGACUAAACAUGAACGCUUUUUGCGUGGAUUUUCCGGAGGGACCAAUUGCCGAGUCAUUUCGUAGAGUCAAGUUAAACGAGGACCAACAACCUACCACGGGCCGAUCACGAAGCACAGAACGAGGAGAGAUGAUGGAUGGGGAGACAACAUUCAUGACUACGGAUACAUCCUUCGUAGAGAAUCCACCAACCGUGUCCAAAGCGACCCCCAAGAAGUUCGCGACACCUGAUACCCGCCAAUCCCGUAUGCCUGGUCCAUCAAGAGGUGGCACGCAAUCGAGAGGUAGAGCUGGGACAAGCAGAGGUCGUCCGAGUGGUCUUGUGAGGCCGAGAGCUCGUGGGUUAAGAUGAGCCAUGCUGAUGAUUGACCAUCAAUCAUACGAAUUUAUAUGGUGGUGAAAAGCCUGGAGUUGCAUUGCCGCAUUGUUGCAUACUAAUUCAUAGUAAAAUGCGCCCAGCAAUGCGCUUGAUCGACGACACUUGGUUGAUCUAUGGAGAGAGACCUAUAUCACGAGAGCGUCUCUCGAGGUUCAUAAAGUGAGAUGG